CAAACUUAAUAGUUGAAUUAAACAUUGUUGAGGAAGUAGUACUAAUGUAAUGAAGAGUUGAAUAGAAAGAAAGUUUUCAGAUAAGAAUGAUAAAGAAUGUUAGAUAUUUAUACAACUAAUAAGUCUAUCUAAAGGAGAUGAUACGAUGAUACUAAAUGUUCAUAAUUUACAGCAAGUGAUGAUUCUUGUAAAGCUAAUUAAAUUUGGUCUACUCCUGUAGAAUCUAUUGCUAGAGUAUAAAUAUUGAAUGUUCAAAUUAUGGUCCAAAUUGUAAAACUACCAAUAGAGGUGUUAAAGUUAAGUAGAAUGGAAUGAUUACAUUUAAAAAUAAUCUAGUAUUUCAAAUAUAAAAAAUUAUGUUAAAGGGCAGGAUAAUGUAGAAGUAUAACAACUUAAUGUAAUGCACUAAAGAAUCAUGGAUAAACAAUAUGUAUGCAUAAAUACUCAAUAAAUGUGGAUGGUUUAAUGGUAAUAGUUAAGGUGCUAGUAGAGAUUAUACUUGUAUUGAUU